CUAGACGAUAUGGCUGCAAGAUUGUGCUUCACGUUUGUACAUACUCUUUUGUUUUCAGAUAAGAAGUCUUCUGUCUUCAGACAAGAAGUAGGUCAUGAAUUGCAAACCGAAGAUCGAUCACAAACUUUGAGACGCAUGUGGUUGGCAACUUAAUAGGAAUAGGAAAAGGAAAUAUGUAAGAAUAGAUACCUAUACAUAAGAAAUCAUGUACUACUAGUAGUAGGAAAUCAAUAACUACAAGGAAUCAAAGGCAUUAACCUAACUGGUUGGAUCACGUGAUCAACUGUGACCUGUUCGAAUAUCCCAAUACUUGCAUCGCACCAUUUGGACUUCAAUAUCUACAAUAUCUACAACAUCUACAUCUAUCAACUCACUCCAAUGUUCAAUACAAGCAACAUCUCAAACAACUCAAGGAACAUCACGAAGUCACCGUCAACUUCAUGAUGUCGUCCUCUGCCAGGGAGUCUGGCACGAUUAGUACCUACCAGAGGUACAAACUCGGCCAGGCCCAAUUUCAAAAAUGGCUAAAGCAGGCCUCAGACAAGCUUCGUUUGGCCAGCACAGAGCUGGUGAACCCAUCAGAGAAUAAGAAUAAUAAGAAGGGUCCAAAUAAACCAGUAAAAGGAUCUCAGUCCAAGUCGAAUCCUAAUACUGCGUCUGCGGUCCACUGGUCGCAGCUGGAGUCCAUGGCCGUUACCAUCAUAGACAAGUCGGACCCAGAACAGAUCCCUGAGUCUGCGAUUAAGAUUCUGCGCGAUGUCGUACAUCUGCGAAAGAAGAGCGCGCAAUUCUUCCGUUCAGCUGCUGCCAAGUCAGACGAUGAUAAGCUGAAGCAAAAGAAUGUUACGCAUGAGCACAUCAUCAAAGUCCUCGAGAAUAUAUUGGAUCGGUUCAAUAAAGCCUUGUUAAAGCUACGUCGCUCGCCAGCCGAGUCGUCGUCCCAUCAGAAAGAAGCCCAGGAAACAGAUAGGCUAGGCAUGGGUGAUAUCAACAACAUGUUCGAGUAUUUGAGGGUCGAGGAAACGCCCGACGGAGAUUGGGAGAUUGCCGACACCCUUUCCGACACAGAAGGGGCCUCUAAAUCAUCAAAGAAGUUGCAUAAGAAGAACGGCAAGAAGGGCGGCAAGAAGCCGAAGAAACAGCCCAAGCAAUCCCGCGCCUCCAAAAACACCACUUCCACAGGGCCUUCUUGGGUGGAUACUUUCCGGUGGACAGAUGAUGACGAGGAUGAGGAGGAAGACGAGUUCGACUACUACAUGCUCAUCUACUGCUACUUCCAAGACUUCAACUCCAUCCGCACCUACGUCGAAGAUCGCUGGAUGGAGUACUUCUACCACAACUCCGUCCCGCUGGAGACCCUCGCCGUGAUAACGAACGCCGCCUGCGAGCUAUUCCACGGGAUGGAGCACGACCUGCAGAAGACGGUGAAGGACACCCCGGAGCUGGCCGAGUACUCCAUCAUGCUGAAGACGCUCUUCUUCGACUACGGCCUGGACCACGUCGAUUACGAGGGCGAGGACCAGCUGACGGAGUUCGACAGGAACUUCAAGAUCCUAGGCGAGGCAGACUGGCUGGGCUUCUUCGCGUUCACGGGCGUCCAGAAACUGCUGGAGUUCAUCCCGCCGGGGAAGGUGCCCAUGUUCCCGCCCUCGGAAAUCAAAAGCCCGCAGUAUGGGCUUCUCACACCCGACGACUACCAGCAAUUCGUGAGAGAUAUCGUGACGGAGCUUGCUACGGAAUGCUGCCUCUUCAAGGCCAUGAAGACGAACUCGCUAAUCCCCAUGGUUCUCAGCGCCCAGGACGAACUGUCGCUCGACCUAGAGCACAUGUUCCGGGUGCGGGACUAUGAUUCCGCCUUGAUCUUCGGCCUAUCGAUGUACAUCGAUAUCCGCUACAUGAUGGAAGACCGGAUCACCGACCACUUCAACCACCUGCAGGCCACAGCCGCCCGCGUCAAGGCCACACUAGAGAACGAGCUGCCCAAGAUCAAAGGCCUCGGGUACAUCAAGAAGGAGUGCCGAAACCGAAUCGGCGAGAUCGAGCAACUGAUCAUCGAGGACUUCGUCGAGGAGGACAAGAGCAGAAGACUGGCGGAGAAGAACAUCACCGAGCCGAUCGAGAAGCACUUCCUCCUAAAACGCGACCCCGUCUGGUCCGGCCUCCUCGCCUUCCGCUGCAAAGUCGGGCUGAACAGCAUCGGCCACCGCUUCGCGAACGAGUCGACCCUCGUGCUCGGCGCCGCCUUCCUCUACGUCGCAUCGCAACUCAGCAGCAGCAACUCCGCACCCGACCUGCACUGGCCCGCGAUGGACCACCUCUUCCAAGCGCUCGGCGAGUUCCGCGUCCUCGGCGGCGUCGUCACCCCCGGCAUGACGCCCCCCGACCUGCUGCAGAAGUUCGUCAUCUCCAACCUCGCGACGCAGCACUCGCGCACCGAGUUCUUCAGCCCCUCCCGGUCCCUCGAGGCCCUGUACAAGCGCUACGGCGGCAACGCGGACCCGCACCUGCGGUCCUCGCGGGCGCCCUACCACCAGGAGAUCGUGCGCGAGCGCCUCGGCAGCAGGUCCAAGAACCCGACCAGCAGCGACCCGACGCGCAGGAGCGUCCGCGUGACGGAGGCCGAGGCCGCGCUGCUCGCGAGGGUCUCCCCGGUGCAGCUGCUCGAGGUGCUGGACGAGACGACGACGUCGCUGCUCGAGAACGAGCUCGCGAUCGAUUACUUCGGGCUGCACCACCAGAGCGUGCGGCUGUUCCGCGCGCUGCUGAAGGAGUUUGCGGCCGAGGUGAAGGCGGAUAGGGAGGCGGCUGGGGCGGGGCUGUUGGCGCUGGGCGAGGAGGAGGUCGAUAUGGGUAAGGUGAGUAAACUGGCUUUGAUGGUGCCGGUCGUGUAUCGCGCUUGGGUGGAGGGGAAUGCUGGGGAGGUGGCGAGGAGGUUGGGGAAGGUGGUGGCGGGGUUUUGUGAGGCUCUGCGGUAGGUAGGAGGAGGAAUGUGGUUUGGGGUUGGGGCAUGCUGUGCUUGUGACACUUGCACGGAGAGAACUCCGCUUCUACUUCGGUAGACGGGUAGUGAUACAAGCAGUGCUAGCAGUGCUGUUACCAAGUACCUAGUGGC